CCAAGCUGCUGGGGAAACAUGGCGUCAGUCUCACGGUGUCAUGAUGAUGUCGCUCCUGCCUGCUAGCUGGAUGGUUGUUGGGCGCAUCUCUGGAUCCUAAAUGCCAUCGUGAUGGAAAUGAAGACAUGAAGAAAGGACGGAGAGAGUGGUGUGAUUUCAUUGUGUCGAUGCUUGACAUUGCAUGAAGAUCCGAUGCUGGCCGGAUGCAGGGUUUGGCGCAAGAAUUGCUUUUGUAAGUGGGACGCUGACCUGUGUACAUGUCAAGGAUUAACAUCGAGCAUCCUGUGCUGUGGACUAUAACCCCGAUGCCAAAAUUGAAAAGUGCUACGCACUUUCCACGUCGUAUUGCAUAUUUUUGGCGGACACGUAUGCUAGUGCGUGGACGAUCAGAUUACGGUGAUACUUGUGACUAUAUUGCGUCUGCCUUCCAGCCGUGCUCCCUGCCUGCUUGUUCACUAUUGAUAGAUGAGCUGCGCGGUGUGAUGUCUCUCGUGCCUCGUUCAAGAAUAGCACUAUGAUAGGUUCACCUGACGUGGUGGCUUUCACAAAAGAGGAUGAUGAUGGUCAGAGCACUUCUGACCCAUGGGCUAUUCCAGAGGAGUUUUCCAUUCCCCUCCAUCCCCUGGCUGACUCCAACCCAUGGGCCAAAACCUCUUAUGCUAAAUUCACAAAAGACUUCAUUCUCAUUUCGGAGUUCUCCGAGCAGGUGGGCCCUCAGCCUCUCCUUUGCAUUCCCGAUGACCCCAAAGUCUGCGGGAGCUUUGACCUCAACUACUUCUCCCUUCGCAUCAUGUCAGUGGACUACCAGGCGUCAUUCGUGGGGCAUCCGCCUGGCAGCGGAUACCCUCGACUCAGUUUUGUGGAGGACUCAAGGGUCGUACUGGGUGACUCUAAAGAGGGUGCUUUUGCUUAUGUCCAUCACCUUACACUGUAUGACCUGGAGGCGAGGGGCUUUGUGCGCCCCUUCUGCAUGGCCUACGUUUCAGCAGAUGAGAGGAAGAUCAUGUUGCAGUUUCAGGAGCUGUCCGCGCGCUUCUCAAAGGCCUCCGAGUGCUUGAAGGCUGGAAACCGCAGAGCCUUCGCCAAAGAACUCCAGAGGAAGCUUCGAGACCUCGAAUACACUCACUCUGUUCUGCAGAGGGAGGAGGGCCUGCAGAGGGAGGCGGGGCCUCACUGCAUGUACUCCGCCCAUGCUGUGGAAAAGGCCAAUGAGCUCGCCAGUGUGGAAAAGAGCAUCUACGAACACCGGGACCUUCUGAAACAGAUCAGCUCCUACCCUCAUCGUCCCCGCCGGGACCCUCAGGCUGUUGCGUGUCAGCAGUGCGUGAGCGAGUGUGAAGAGUUUUUUGGCAAGUAUGCCACCAUAGCCGAGCCCUUGAGUUGCAACGAUGGCGGUCAGAAGGGAGGAGACAAUGCUCAGGGACACAAUGGCCAGGCAGUCAAAGUGGACAUCGGCGAGGGCGAAUAUGUUCAGCGCAGGCCGUCCUAUACGCCGCAGCUGAUCAAAGCCAAGUCGGCAAAGUGUUUCGACAAGCGCCUCAAGACCCUCCGAGAGCUGUGCGAUAACGCCUUCUACGAGGCCACCGUGGAGUCCUUAAAGGAGACGGAAAGGAGUUUCCGAGGUGACCUGUGCUACCUGCACACGCGUCGCCUGGACCGAGCCCUACGGCGAAAGCAGAGAACGAUCAACUUUCUGUUUGAGGAGGAACUCUGCGAAGACGACGAUGACGAUCUUGACGGAAGGGCAACAUUCAGACCGUUUUGUGCCGUGAACCACGCCGUAGACAACUCCAGACUCUCCAACGGAGUACCUGUCAUACCGGAACCCCCGAAGCGUUUCGACGCCGCCUCCAACACGAGCCAUACUCGAGACUUCAUGCUUGAUGACGACAAUCUCAAGUCCUCCUUUAAUGACCGAGAAUUCGAAACCCCGAGGUGCUCAGAGAAACCUCAUUUCAAGUGUAGCAACCAGAAAAGCUCAAAGCCCGAAGUUCUGGACGCCGAGUCCGACUCGACCCCAGACUACGAGCGUAAAACCGAUCUGGAUGGUGAGAGCAACAGUGAAUGGGCGGAGGCCGCAACUGAUGAAGAUGGCAGGCCCGAGGCUUUGUCAGAAGAAACUUCAAGGAAGGACGACGGAUGCGAGAAGGAUUCUCAAUUUGUUCCCGUGGAUGCUGCAUGCUGCAUGGCCCACGAAGGUUUUCUCGAUAAUCCGCCCGAUGCGGCGCCCCAUCUCGCUGUCCAACUGCAGAGUCCUCAAAUCCUCGUGGUCAACCAGGAGCCCCAGGCCCUACUUCCACUCCUGGAAGACUACGCGGCGGGAUCCCUAUGCUCAGAGAACCACCGAGCCGGACCGCUGGGAGAUGCGGUGUCCCGUACCUCAGCUGAGGACGGAUCGGAUUGUACCAUGAGUGCGUCUACCGGUUCUGAUUGGACCGCCUCCCCUCUCGACAACGGGGGGACGCUGACCCUGCGUUUGAAGAAGAAGGCCGGGCAAGGGGCCUUGAGGUUCGUGCGACAGUACCCCUUUGCUAUGCAGGCUCUGCGGUCGUUGCUGAGCGGCAGGACGCUGGUCGUACUCGGGGCCGAUGAGGCGAGAGUGCGUCGGCUGGUUACUGCGCUGGCCAUCUUUGUUCCUGCUCCAGGAAAAUGUGGCGAGCGAGUCCAACCUUGGCUGUGUUGCCCUUUCACCAUGACCGACCUGCACAGGUGGAAACUUAUUGGAUUGCAAAGAGUGGCAUCUCCCACGGGUUCCAGCAUGCUCUUCUCACUGUCCCGCUACAGUCGCUACAUCUCCAUCUUGGACGCCGAUCAGAAGACCUUGCGUUGUCCGCCUUACCGCGGCCAACUGCUCGCCAACAUGGCGGACCACCGCACCUACGUCCGCCGCGGCUCCACCUACUACCUUCACGUCCAGAGCACACUGUGUCGUCUGGCGGCCAAGGCCUUUCUGUUCACCUUCACCCACCACCUCCACCUGCCAGUCAACGCCGCAGAGGGUCCGGAUGGUGUGGAGGCCCGACGCCGCUGCUUCCUGCAGGAGCAGCUGGGGCUGGAAGAGGACGACAGGCACAUUGUGCUCUACCUCAGCCAUUUGAUCACUCAGCACUACCUGCACGCUGCCAACGGCCGCAAUACGGCGGCGCCUUCUUUUAAUUUUAACUACACCACCAGCGUUUUAUACAAAAUCUGAUCUUUUACAGGGAAAGGCCACCCUUUAUUUUUAUUUUUGGUUGUUUUUAAUGGACUAACGAAGAUCCUGAGCUUCAGGAUGAUCAUCUUAAUUUGAGAUCAAACUGCACUGAUUUUAUUGGAUUUUCUCUGCAUAGCUGCCUUGCUGUUUUUUUCUCUCCGGUCUUUUGUGGGUAGGAAAUCUAGGAAUCAAGGAAAUGGAGGAAUGGAAGAAGUCGGUGAAUGGCUCACUUGUGAAAGUAUGUUAACUCCAAACAUGCACACGUUCUGUCGUCAUCAUAACACAGAAGAAUGGUCAAUAUUUGCAUAUUACUGUGGUUACAUUGCAUUGUGGGAUCGGUCCCAUGUCAAACACACAAUAUGUGUUAUUUAUAUAUGUAUAUUUUUUUGUAAAUUACUGUAUUUGGACCCUGCUGUUCAUCGACACAAAUAGCUGGUUUGGUCUGAGACAAACUUGUUAUUCCGCCCAUGAAAUUUCAGUAGCACCAUGCAAAUUGGUUCCAACUUUGUCAACUAUUUCAGCCCAAUUCCACAUAAUCCAGUCGUCUUCUCUUCACGUGAUCGUGCAUGUCCUGAGGAAUAAGUGGUCACACGAAUAUUAUACCCUGAUGGGUGAAACGGCAAGGAAAAACCUAGUGAGGUGAUCCGCUGUUGUACUUUUAUUUUCUUUUUAUUUGACUCUCGGUCAGGAAAACUUUGAAACUACCUAACCUUGAGGUAUUGAAUGUCACUGUUGUCUUAAAGGUGUGAAUGUUGUGGUGUCAGCAUGAGACUGUCUUGUGCCGCAGUGAAAUAUUAUAUUGGUGAUGUUUCUGCUUUAUCGUGUGAACGAAUAGUGAUGGACAGGACGCGUGGGUAAGAAAAGAUGGGUGUUACAUUUUUUAAAAAUCGGAUUCACCGUUGCCUGAUCAGUGGUCUUUGUUGGAUGUAAUCACAAAAGUCAAAGUUCAUUUCACAGUCCACAAAUCCAAAUCAAUUCCGCAAAUGGAAAUCAGAAAUCUGCCAUUCAAACAAAUCCAUCGACAAGUCCUCCGUAUACAACGCACACUUUUCUGUUGGUCAUUUAUGUAGUGUUGCUUGUACUUUCGUAUAACUGUGUAACUACGUGUGACUGCAUGGGGGUAAAAAGGUGACGGCGGGACUGCCGUCCUUUCUGCUAACAAUGAAAAAUGAGCUUCAAGGUAUUUUGGUGUCACUUCACUCGACCAUCUUGAAGAUUAAUUUAGAGACCUACUCGAGCAUUACAUUCCACUUGACACUUGUAUUGUUUUACCCCAUUUGCUGCAUGUUACCUAUUAAGUACAUUUCAAAUGUUACCGUUAUUAGCAAUUUUCCCCGUAAUGCAAAAAAAGUGAAUGUAAUCUGACCAAGCCAUGUAAACACUCAGUGUCCUUAAUUUACAUCUGCAUGAUGUCUGUGCACAUUUUGUAUGUAUCACAACUUGAAGGUGGGUGGCGUUAUCUUUAGCAGAUGAUGUUUUGUCUUUUUUUUUUAAUAUAGCUCAUAUUGAUCUACGUGCUUUUAAGUCUUUUCCAUUAAAUUAUUUAAAUCCAUUAUUUUUUUUUCACUUGUUUGGUUCACACGGGAGUUAAACGAGGCGUUGGGUAAUCCUAAUGCUCACUGUGACACUAAACAACUAAUGCAACCGAAAGAUCAUUAAACGUCAAGUGCUCUCAGA